AUGCGGAUUAGCUCAACUUUUGGGGUGCUUGGGGCCAUGGCCUCAGUAGCCCACUCAAUGGCCAUAAGUAAUUCUUUGGAUACUCGGUCAGCACAUGGCUACCCUCCUACACUUUUGAUUUCAAAUGCAGCUUUGACUUCGAAGUGGUUCGAAGGCAGUAACUAUGUCCAAGUUAUUGAGAUGACGGUUACCAAUAACCACACACAAAACUCUCUUACUCUGGCCGAUACGCUCACCAUCAAUGCUACUUCGAGCAGCUUCGAUUUAGUCAACACUGGUACACUUACCCGUCUUCAUCCCGGUCAGUCUGCGGUCGUUCAGAUUGGAGUUAAAAACAAGGCGGGAGUGGCAGCUGGUACUACUUGCAACGGUGUUAUCACUGCCACUUGGGGAUCCGCAUAUGGGGCACCGAUCUCCAGUACUGCGAACGUUUCUGGAAGUUGUGGAUUCGGCAACUAUACGGCAGACGCAACGAGUUUGUCGCACCACAGCAGUCCGGAUUGGUUCAACGAAGCCAAGUUCGGAAUCUUCAUUCACUGGGGCAUAUAUUCAGCUCCUGCCUAUGGCAGUGUGGCACCUAAUGAAGACUAUGCCGAAUGGUAUUGGAGAAGAAUGAGCGACCCGACUUUCCGAACUAAGACAUACCAAUAUCACGAAGAAACCUAUGGUCAGAAUUUCACAUAUGAUGACUUUAUUGCUAACUUUACCGCCUCAAACUUCAACGCCGAAAGUUGGGUUAAUCUCAUUGCUUCGGCGGGGGCGCAGUACAUGGUUCCUGUAACAAAGCACCAUGACGGUUUCGCCCUUUUUGACUUCCCAGCUAGCAUCAGCCAGCGAUCCUCUGUCCAUUUAGGUCCGAAGAGAGAUUUCAUCGGCGAGCUUUUCCAAGCUGCGAAAAAAUUUCAACCGCAACUUCGCCGCGGUACUUAUUUCUCACUUCCUGAGUGGUUCAAUCCACUAUAUAAGACUUACUCCUACUCCGGUGGUGGCGGUUUCCCUGGAGGACCACCUGUCAAUCCAUACACGGGAGCUGUGGAAACCUACACUGGUUUUGUCAACAACAACGAUUUCAUUCAGGACAUUCAACUUCCUCAACAAAAUGUGCUUGCAUAUAACUACGAUACGGAAAUCAUGUGGUGUGAUAUUGCUGGCAGCGCUAACAACGCCACCAUUUUUGCCUCUAAGUGGAUUAACUGGGCGCGUGACCAAGGCCGCCAAGUGACCUUCAAUGCUCGCUGCGGUCUCGCAGGUGACUUCGAUACGCCAGAAUAUCGCACUAACGGCGGGACUGUUGUCCGCAAGUGGGAAACCAACCGGGGCAUGGACGCAUUCUCUUUCGGAUACAACUACCAGACACCUAACUCGAGCUACCUCGACGGAAAUGCCAUCGUUCACACCUUGGUCGAUACCGUCAGCAAAAAUGGCAAUUUCCUUCUCGACAUCGGACCGAAGAAUGACGGUUCGAUCCCGGGCAUCAUGCAACAAGGCCUCCUGGACGCGGGCAAGUGGAUCCAUGCCCAUUCAGAAAGCAUCUUCAAGACACGAUACUGGUCCGUAACUCCAGGCCUAGACAACUGGCGCUACACCACAACUCAAGAUGCCUUUUACAUUCACUACCUUUCAACACCUUCCAGUACAAUUACGACCCCAGAUGUCGUCCCGUACUUGCCUGGUGACACGGUGACUAUCUUGGGAGGAAGUAUGAGUGGCACUACGGUUCCAGUUACGUGGAAUAGCAACGGAACACUUUCGUUGGCGGUGUCGAGCGCUUUGCAAGCUUCGGACAACUAUGUUUGGACCUUCAAACUCGCAUAUACCAGUACCUGGUAG